CGGCACAGAGUCGACGGCGUCCGCAGGCUUUCGUCUCCUAUGCGUUUAGUGCUCAUCGUGGACACUAAAAAGCAGAAGCUGAGAAAGAAGAGAUCGAUCGAUCGAUCGAGCGAGCGAGGGAUGGCAGCGAAGAGCAGGAUUCUAGUCAUCGGCGCCACCGGCUACAUUGGCAAGCACAUCGUCCUCGCCAGUGCCCGCCACGGCCACCCCACCUUCGCCCUCGUCCGUGAGACCACCGCCGCCGCCGAUCUGAACCCCGCCAAGGCCAAGCUUUUCGAGGACUUCGAGGCCGCCGGCGUCACCCUCGUCCAUGGGAAUUUUUACGACCACGCGAGCCUGGUGCGCGCCGUCAAGCAAGUCGACGUCGUCAUCUCCACCGUCGGAUCCUUGCAGCUGAAGGACCAAACCAAGAUCAUUGACGCCAUCAAAGAUUCCGGCGCCGACAUCAAGAGGUUUUUACCUUCCGAGUUUGGGAACGACGUUGACCGAGGCCACGCCGUGGAGCCGGUAAAGUCAAUGCUAGACGUCAAGGUGCAGAUUCGCAGGGCCGUGGAGGCUUCGGGGAUCCCUUACACCUUCGUGGCCAGCAACUUCUUCGCCGGGUACUUCCUCUCAACGCUUGCACAGGCAGAAGCCACGGGUCUCCCUACUGACAAAGUCAUCAUUUUGGGCGAUGGGAACGUCAAAGCUGUGUUUGUUGAUGAAGACGACGUCGGAACAUACACUGUCAGAGCAGUGGAUGAUCCCGCAACUCUGAACAAGGUUCUCUACGUGAAACCACCAGCCAACAUCUUGUCUCACAAUGAGCUCGUUUCCCUUUGGGAAAAGAAAGUGGGCAAGACCUUUGAGAAGGUCUACGUAUCCGAAGAAGAAGUUCUGAAGAAGAUCCAAGAGUCUCCGGUUCCAUUGAGCUUAAGUUAUGCGACCUAUCACUUGGCGUUCAUCAAUGGCGACCACACCAACUUCGAGAUCGCACCAUCAUUCGGCGUGGAGGCUUCGGAGCUCUACCCUGAUGUCAAAUACAUGACUGCGGAUGAGUACCUGAAUCAUUAUCUGUAAGAGCAAGUGCUGCAUUGCCAAUUUUCAGCGGUUUUGGAUGCAAAUAAAUCGUCCUCUAAUGGUUUCUUUCCUGUUUAUUAUGUAUGUGGAUUCCAUGGUUGUCUCUCUUCCUAAUCGUAAUAAAGUAUUCCAAUUAAUUAA